AUGGAUGCGCAAAGCAGUACCAAGACUUUCAAUCCUCCAGCGCCAAGAGUGCCCUCUGACAGGCUGGAUGUUUGGUCAAUUGUCAACGAAGCAGCAGCCGUAUCUCCAAUCCAACCAAUCGUGAACCUAGGACAAGGCUUCUUUGGCUUUAAUCCGCCUCAAUUUGCUAUAGAUGCAGCCAAGGAAGCCCUCAAUAGGGUCGAUUGCAAUCAGUGCGCUCCAACGAAGGGCCGCCCAAGUCUGAGAAAGGCCAUUGCGUCUGCUUAUUCGAAACUUCUCGAGAGGCCAAUUGACGAGGGAAGCGAGGUCGUCAUCACUUCGGGUGCGAAUGAAGGCAUGCUGUGUGCAUUACUGGCCUUCAUUUCUCCCGGUGAUGAAGUCGUUACAUUCGAACCGUUCUUUGACCAAAGUGGAAUUGAACUUGCCGGUGGUAUCCCUCGCUACGUGCCUCUUCACCCUCCAGAGGACAGCAACAGGGCUAUAUCAAGUGCCUCUGAAUGGACAGUUGACUUUGAAGAGCUCGAGAAAGCCAUAAACAAAAACACGAAGAUGAUUAUCCUCAACACACCUCACAAUCCUGUCGGAAAAGUCUUCACAGAACCAGAACUUCAGCGCAUCGGCGACAUCUGCUUGAAGCAUGACCUUCUUAUUCUCUCCGACGAGGUCUACGACCACCUUUAUUAUGUCCCCUUCACGCGAAUCGCAACCCUCUCCCCUGAUCUCUACGAUCACACACUAACCGUUGCAUCCGCCGGCAAAGCCUUCCACGCCACAGGCUGGCGAAUCGGCUACCUGAUCGGUCCCCAGCCGCUCAUCAAGAAUGUUUCCGCGAUACACACUCGCAUUUGCUAUAGUAGUGUAUCUCCGCUACAAGAAGCAGUGGCGGUUGCCUUUGAAAAGGCGGACGAAAUUGGCUUCUGGGGGCAUAGUCAGCAGGAAAUGAAGGGUAAGAUGAGGUUGUUCUGUGAGGUUUUUGAAGCUCUAGAAUUACCCUACACCGAACCCGAAGGCGGAUACUUCGUCCUGGUGAACUUAUCUCGGGUUCAAAUUCCCAGCGAUUACUCCUUUCCGGAACAUAUCGAACAACGAAGAAGGAAUUUCAAGCUUUGCUGGUUCUUGAUCCAGGAGAUCGGGGUGGCUGCUAUCCCGCCGUCCGAAUUCUAUAGUGAUGAUCAUGCGCAUAUAGGUGAGGAUUUUCUUCGGUUUGCGUUUUGCAAGGAAGAUGAGGUGUUGGAAAUGGGCAAGCAGCGGUUACUUAAAUUGAAGAGGUAUAUUGUUUGA